GGCUCAGUCUGUGUUCUGGCGUCUUUGCGUUCGCAUGUUGUUAUUUAUCGCGGAAAGCGCGGGAACUUCUAUUUCGAGUGAUAAUUUGGAUUACUAUUUUGAAGUUCAUAGUUACGAAAUUCUUUAAAAAGUUUUAUUGCAGUUUUUUUGACAUCUUGGCGUUGAUGGAGCUAUCAAGUCAUAAGCAAACAGCACAAUGAAAACAAUUGACACGCAUGAGUAGCUAAUAGAACUGAAACAAACAGUAUGAACGUCUCUCAUUUUGUUUGCUCAAAUACACCGAUCUGUCUCAGUUGGCUGCUUAAACAUGCCAACAUCAACCGCCUUACACUGAAGCCAAGUUAAGAAAUCGAUAAAUUAUGCCGACCGAAUGGAGUACCAACGAAUCUUUAUACAAUUUAAACUACAGUCAAAAUGAGAACAUCACAGUCCCGCCGGACCCGAUCGAGGAUAAAGCCAUUCAAGCCGCUUUUUGCACAGCCUACACAAUUAUAUUCACAGUAGGCAUCUUCGGUAAUGCCCUCGUGUGCUACGCUGUCAUCCGGAACAAAGCCAUGCAAACUGUCACUAAUCUUUUCAUCACUAACUUAGCGCUUUCUGAUAUAUUACUAUGCGUGUUUGCAGUACCCUUCACUCCCCUGUAUACGUUUUUAGGCAGGUGGGUAUUUGGUGGUCCCCUCUGCCACAUAAUGCCUUACGCUCAAGGCUGUAGCGUUUACAUUUCCACUCUAACCCUCACCUCUAUAGCCAUUGAUAGGUUCUUCGUAAUAAUUUAUCCUUUCAAACCCCGAAUGAAGAUAACGACAUGCAUUGGACUCAUUAUAUUUAUAUGGGUUUUCGCUCUAUCGGUAACCUUUCCUUAUGGCUAUUAUAUGACCCUUCAAGACAUUUUCUGCGAAGAAAAAUGGCCAUCGGAUCAAAUCCGGAAAGCUUUCGGCGCGGUAACGACUAUCAUGCAAUUCGUUAUACCUUUUAUAGUAAUGGCAUUCUGCUAUACGUGCGUUAGUAUAAAAUUGAAUGAUAGAUUGAAAUCGAGGCCCGGAAGUAAGAAUAGUAAAAAAGAAGAUGCAGAGAGAGAAAGAAAAAGACGAACUAACAGAAUGUUGAUAGCUAUGGUUGCUAUUUUCGGCCUCUCGUGGCUCCCGUUAAAUUUAAUUAAUAUAAGUAGUGACUUUUACUCGUUUGCCGAAGACUGGAAGUAUUAUAUGGUUCUGUUCUUUGUAGCGCAUUUCAUAGCGAUGUCAUCGACUUGUUACAAUCCGUUUCUGUAUGCAUGGUUGAACGAGAACUUUCGCAAGGAGUUCAAGCAAAUUCUGCCCUGUCUCGGUGCGUUAGUGACGAAGAAGUCUAAAAGGAAUUUUAAUCAAUCGGAUAGAACAGGAAUGUACAGAUCGGAGAAAACCUGUAACGGAAAUGAAACCGUUCAAGAGUCCUUGUUGACUUCGACCGUAAAUAAGAUGCCUUCUGUUAGAUAUAGGAUAGAAUUAAAUGAUAAAGUUAAAGUGUACGAAGAUGAUGACAAUGUGAGCCCGGAUGAAAAGCCAGAGGACAACCCAAGUCCGAACGAAGACUGCGUUAAGAUGUACAUGUUGGUAGAUAAGACUGUAGUUUCAUCUGAUAAGGAGCCGAUUGUAUCUGCGCUGUAAAUAUUGAUACUUAGCGUGUUGUCACAGACAUAUAGACAGCUUUAAGCUUAUAGUGUGUAGAUAUUAUGUAGAAAUUGUAACAUGAAUGUAUACUUGUUAGUAAUAUGUACAUACAGGCCGACUCCUAUGUAUUGAAAAAUUGUAUAUAAGAAUUGUUAUUGUGUAGAAUUAUUUAUCUAAUGUUCGCAACUAAGUUUAAUAGUGUUA